GGUAGGCAGAAAGACAACACAGCGCCACUAGGAGGCAGCUUGCCCUUUGUCAACAUCACAACAUCACGCAGCAGCCGACAACGCACGCACAAACGACGGGCGACCGUGACGACUACGAGAUAUACCAAGGACGAAUUACCUUUAGAACCCAAUCACAACGCCCAGCUUGCCACCCGCUCCAUCCCCGCGCCUGCACCACACGCACACGCAUCCGCGCCAUGGUCUGCAUUGAGCAUCGCUGAAAUGGAUGACGCCCCGGCACCAAAACUGUCGGAUUUGCUGCGGCACCCCGAUGAUCUCGACAAGAUCCCGUCGCUGCGACAAGAAUUCGCGCGCAAGAAGAGCGCCAUUGAUGGCCAGCUGCGCAAUGGGCUGCGUGAGCAGCUGGAGAGAACACAGUCUGGCAUGACGGGCCUCACAGACGGCCAGCGAACGGUGCAGCUGAUAAAAGACGAGAUGAUGAAUAUCGACAGACUGUGUUCCGAAUCACAGACCAUGAUCAAGGAUUUCGCCAGCAUUAACCUGGUCUCCCAAGCUCACAGAAACUUUGUCGCCGUCGAGACGAUGCGGAAUAACCUCGAAACCUUUGACAAGCGCCUAGGAGUCGUGGAAAAUAUGCUGCGGGAGAAUGACGACGACAAAGAAAAUAUGCCGAAUUUGUUACCUUGCCACUACGAGCUCACACAGCUACGAAACAUUCGAGACGACGCGAUGGAGCAGAUUCAGCGAGCCGACGAUUCCAGUCUGGAGGCUACGUUGGAAGAUUACUUUGCGAGACUGGACGAUAUUAUUGACUGGUUUGACGAGCAUGUGGGAAUUGUUGCGAUGAACUUGAUCAAUCUCGUCGUCAAUGACAACAAUGGGCUGGUGGUGCGGUUUGCCGUCGUCAUGGAAGCCGAAGAGAAGAGUGAUCAGCGAGUUUUGGCCUUGCAAGAGGCGCUCAAGGACCACAAGGAGAUGGCAUCGCGUUUCCAGGGCAUCACAGACGGAGCGAAGCAAGUCCGUGGAUACAAGGACAAGUUCAUGCAGGCCAUCAAAAUCAGCUGCGAGCAGCAGUUUGACCAGGCUAGAGAGGAGUUCCUCGACGACCCCAAGAAGCUAGAGAAGAUUAUGAAGUGGUUCUUCAACGACCUCAAUGCCGUCAAGAUUGGUAUGACGCCGCUGAUGCCUAGGAGAUGGAAGAUUGCCAAGACCUAUGCCGACCUGUACCACCAGCUGAUGCACGACUUCCUCGUUGGCAUGGUCGACGACCCCGAAGGCAGCUCUGCGCACACGCUCGAGAUUAUCAGCUUCCCCGAGAAGUACUACAAGAAGAUGGCCAAGAUGGGCUUCCUGCAAGAAGAUCUUAUCCCGCACGUAGUAGACAACCGAGAAGCCGAGCUUGUCCGCGACUUUAGACAGCUCAUUAUUAAGUUCCUCGACGAAUGGAUCGAACGAAUCUUUGCCCAGGAACGCAAGGACUUUGCCGACCGCAACGUUGAGGGCUCGAAUCUCGAUCAGGACGAGUACGGUUACUUCCGCACCAAGAACCUCGUGGCUCUGUGGCGCAUGCUCCGCGAGCAAGUCGAUGCAGCCAUCAACUCACAGCGUGCCGACGUCGUAGAGGGUGUCAUUGACGCCAUGUUUAUCAGAUUGCGCAAUCGCCAGCAAUCAUGGCAGCACAUGCUUGAGGCGGAGUGUCUGCGGUACGAGACAGGCAAAGUACCCGAUCUCGAGGGCUUCCAAGCGCUGCAGGAUUGGCUUGUCGCCACAGCCAACGACCAGAUUGCAUGCAUCGACGACGGCGAAGAUGACAGUAGGCUAGGCUACCUGUCGAGCUUCCGCCAAAAGUUUGAGCAGCACGUUACACCGCAGUACCUCGAGCGUGCUGAGCAGGAGAUGAAUGCGCUCCGCGAUGGGUACGUCGAUUUCAGUACGUGGUGCAUCAACAAGUUUGCCCAUCUCGUCUUCUCCGUCGACUUUAAGACCGUCAUGCCCGACUUCUUCACACAGAAGUGGUACUCGACCACGGUUAUGAAGCAGAUUGUUGUGACGCUCGAAGAAUACGUCAACGAGUACAAGUCUGUUCUACACCAUUCUCUGGUGGACAUCUUUAUCGAAAUCUUCUCGGACGAACUGUUGUCGCGGUACCUCUCAUCUGUUCGCAACAAGGGUGCCAAGUUCCGCCGCACAGAUCCGUUCCGCGACAAGCUCUUCAACGAUAUUGCCACGGCGUUUGACUACUUCUCCAACUUGCCCAACCCGGAUGUGGGCUCCUCCAUCAAAGACACAUGGCGCGUCACAGAGCCGUUCUUGGGACUGCUUUCUGUAGAUAAGGCUGCUUUGCCGGAUGAGUUUGCCGCGUUCAAGGCGGCUUACUGGGACAUGCAGAUCAGCUGGGUAGAAGCUGUGCUGCGCUCUCGUGACGACUUUGAGAGAAGUAUGCUCAACGCUGUCAAGGCGCGAGCUGCUCAGGUGGAUGUUAUUCGAGGAGCGGAGACAAUCAUGGCCAAAGUUAAGUAGAGUGGCUACCAUUGGUGGUGGUGGUGUCUUCGAGGUUUAUGUGCAUUUAAAGCCGGUUGUGUUUUUCUAUAGAGUUAUGAAGUUAUGUGAUUUAAGCGAUGUCCAAACAACCCAUCUUGAUA